CAUGCACAAGGCCUUCAGAGCAGUCAAGCACACGCAUACACACAUGUGGGUCCGUUGUCAUUACACGAGCAGCAUCCAUAGACAAACGGGCAUGCAUGCAGUCGGCAUCAUGCAUCAUCAUACACACCACACACAAGGCAUGAGUACACACAGCAUGCAUCAGUCACAGGGGCUUGCGGCAAGCUGGCUGCCGGCAAGAGAGAGCAGAAACCAGUCCAUGAGCAUUCACACAGACACACACACGGACACCCGCGCACACAUGAAAGGAACAGAGCAAAUGUCACAGCAAACGUCAGCGCAAAGGCGAAACAUCAAACACGGCAAGCUCAUCCUGAUGAAAGACCAGUGCAAGAGGUCAGCACGUCCCAAUCAAAUCAUAUACACACCAAGCUUCAGUCCGAAACAGGAGUCACCUGCGUAAUGCUGAUCACCUGAUCCGAGCUCUUGAGCACUAUCUCCUCCCUUUCUACGCCCUUUCCUGCGGCAAUGAACUGACUGUCGUAGCCUUCUGCCUUCCACUUGCGGCAAUCACACCCCACAGGGACGUGGCCUCCUUUGCAGGCGCUGGCAUCAUGGUUCUUGCACCGGCCACAAUCGACGACCAGGGUCAUCACCACAGGAGGGCUUUUCAUCCUCUCAGCCUUACCCUGAGCGAACACCAUCGCCUGCAGAAAUGGCAGAAGAAGCAAAUGUGUGUGUGCUGUGCACACCCCCUUUGCCUGCCCUGCACUAACCUUGCUGUGCUCCCUCGUCACGUAGAGACCACUUACAGACAUGUUGUCUUCUCCUUUGCCGACCGAAAGAUCGAAUCCCGUCUGACGUAUCCCGUCCGCCCCUGCCUCUGUCGUCCCAUGGACGACAGUCAGAGGGACAGACUUGCCCGUCAGAUUGCACGCUGAGCAUCGCCAUCCGCGCCCCUUGCACUUGAAGCAGGGAUAUGUCGUUUGCGAAGAGGCGCCCUCGAAUAACGCCUGCAGUACAGGGGAAAGCAAAAACCCAUCAUCAUCACCCUCCACUCAAACUCAUCAUACUUACCGGACGAAAGGGUGUUCGACCAAUUAGUUGAGCACAAGGAAAAGCGGCGGCAGACGUCGAAAACGGCGAGGGCCACGCACGGCUGACCUCAAUGACCUCAAUCCUGUCAGCGUCAAAUUCAAGGCUUCUACCGAAGAAGGCAUGUCCGCUUCCUUCCUGUCGCAUGCCCUCGUAUCCGACAAAAAGGUCACGUUUGUCAAUAAAGCCGCUACACUUGCGAAGAUCACCAGGACCGUCACGGCCAAGGACGAGCUGACCGGCGCCGCCAAUCAAGAGGCAUGGGCAUCUCCACAUCGCUCCUUCCUUGGGCGCCGCCAGCACUCCACGAGCCUCUGGACGUAUCCUGAUUUUCUUGGGCCGCUCGUAUCCACCAGACAGCGUGAAUGACCACUGCGGGGGAUGCCGCAUCCCAUGCUGAAUCCCAGCUGUGGCAUCGGUUGGGACGUGGAUGCUGUCGUCGAUGAAGGCGCCAAAUAUAAGCUCCUCCUUGAAGACGGCAAUCACAAGGCCUCUCGAUGCCUGUGUGUCCUCCUCAUUCGAAGGUGCAGCGACGACUUUGAGCUCUGCCUCUCGCGCUUCAAGGCAUCGCAGGAGGUCUGCAUACUUUGCCCCAUCACGUGUGCUGCUGAAAGCGCAAGUACAUACAAAACGAUGACACACAGGUUUCAGCACUGAAUUUCUUUCUCCGACAUCGGUCCUUUACCUGUAUACAAGCUUGAAAUUGUAGCGGUCCGUCCGACUGAAGAAGUCAUGCAGAGCAGCUGUCUGACACGCAUUCAGUCUGCUCCCAUCGAUACUCUACGAAACAUAUACACACAUGAAAUGCGUCCUGUGUGCCUGACCACUAUUUUUCUGACCAGUGGUGGGAUUGGCGAGCACCCAUCGAUCCUGAUCACCUCCACUUCGUCGGCCAUAAAGUGCCGCACACCAAGAGGCAGAGCCACGCUGUUGUUCUUGUCCCACACGCCUUUGUAGCCGUCCAGUAUAUCCCGUGCUGAGAGGGCGCCUCGGUUGAUCGACACAGUGCACCUCUCUAGCUCGCGAUCUGGACUCGGCUCAAAGUCAUCUUCGCAGCCCAGCGCGAACAGGCCGUCGGCAAGGACCACCUUUGCCCUCUUCCCUCCGCUGUAGGGGAAAAUCUCAACCCAUCCGUCUCUUCCCGCCACCCGCAAAGCGCGAUGAUGUUGCUCAAGCUCGAUGCACGUUGGCUGGUCGAAGACUUUCCGAUCCAGAAUCAUGACACGUUGCCGAGUCUCGUGCUGGAAGUCACGUUGUGGAUCAUCUGGCUCUUCCAAAGCUCCCUCCACGUGCAAGCAGAUCAUGUAUCCGCCCUUGCGGCGGAUGACGAAAAGAAGAUCGCCGGCACCCCGCACACGUCCGAGCAAGUCAGAGUACUUCCAGCCAUGACGCGAAGCCCUGAAAUCAAACAGAAAGAAUAGACAACAAGCCCUGCCAUAAAGGAAGCUGUAGUUUGUACCUGUAGAGCAUUGUGAAUGAGCAUUGGCUGAACAGCGACGGAACGAGCAGAGAGUGGAGAUCAUCACACUCAGACGCACUCAAGCUGCUGCCAUCGAUUCUCUGUGGACAACACAAAAGAAACACAGCAGUCAGGAAUUCCGUUUGAGUUUAGAGGGGUCUCGCGUACUCUUCUCUGCUGAGACGAGGUACCCUCGUCGGUGGGGACCUGCAGGUGCAGGAAUACAGAGAGAGAGAGAGCAAAGUGAGAGUGCAAAGUGAGAGAGCAAGGUGCUGAUCGUUGUGCUGAGAGCAAAGUGAGGUGCAUCUUCUUACGAGGACCAAUCGUAGAGCCAAGAGGAGGAAGAGAAUGUGGCCGGGAAGAACAGCAUUUAAGCUGAUCAGGACGACGGAGACGAUUCCGAGAGCCCACUCUGCUGAUCGCUGCGAUGUGUUGCCGUCGCCGGUAUCUGCCGCGGCAAGAGCAGCUUCCAAGUAAGCUGCACUACUGCUGCUCUCAUCGUCAUGCUGAUGACAUAACAUUGAUACAAACAUUAUUUGAUCUUGACACAUUAGAUGGGAGAAUGGGCAGGUCUGCUGACCUUUGGCGUGUUAUUUGGCUGGUCAUCAGCAGCGAUGGAAGGAGGACACUUGGGCGACGGAUGCGACAACACCUGCACACACCAGAUAAGCAUGUCUGCUCUCUAUGUGUUUGUCUCUAGGUGUGCUCACCGCAGACGGCGGCGCAUGAAACUUGGGGAACGCGUCAUUCUUGGCGAUCUUUGUCGGUCGCCCUCUCUCAUUGGUCUGUCUGCUCGUAGACGGCGCCAUCUGAAUGACGACAGAGGGGGACCGCUCAGCCGUCAGAAAGCUCAUCCCUCCUGGCUUUCUGUCUUACGCUCAUGGUUUGUCGCUCUGAUGGUGUGCCGUAGGCCGGCUGGUCGCUGGCGGCGGCUGCUACCUCGCUUGUUUGGCCCUGCAGUGGCGGUCCAGGUGCAGGCUGGGUGCUGGCUGCGGCCGUCGGCUGAACCAUCGAAGAGGCGAGCGAGACAAUGUCAUAGUCUAUUGGCGGCGGCUCGGCGCCGCCUUCGAUUGUCUGGUGUGCUCCUGGGGAUGAUGUCACACCAGAAAGGGCGGCAGUGAGGGGAAUGAGGAGGGGAUGGGGGUGGGGGGGAUGCAUUGCGGGAGGGGGGCCCGCAGCGGCUGAAGCCGAUGCGGCCACGGGAGGUGGGGGGCCGUAUGCUGGGAAAGCCAUCAACGGUGAAGGGAGUCCAGCAGCGGCUGACGGCUGCCAGGCCCUGAACGUGUCGCCAGCUGACUCGUCAUCUCGUAGGCUUCCCCCGAAGGCCAUCUGUCCGCCAGCCAUGCUGUCGCCGUUGGCAGGGGCGGCAGCAGACGACUCGAAUGCGGUCAGGGGGAGGAGAUGGGGACGCCAACCGCUGAACGUGUCAUCAGCUGACUCGUCGUCUCGUGGCCAGCCGGUACCAUGUUCUUCGCCCAUGGCGUCUUCAAGAGCGGCAGCAGACGACAUAUCUGUUGCCAGCGGGUCAGUGAGGUAGGGGAAAGGGGAGUAAGACGGCACCACCUGAAUGGCAACAGGGGGGGACCGCUCAGCCGUCACAUAGUUUAUUACUCUUGGCCUUUUGUCUUACGCUCAUGGUGUCUUGUUGCGACUGCUGGUGGAGAGGGCGCCGCCGUCAGUAGCCGC